AGCCUAUGUAUCAUUUCAUUAUAUGUUUUACAUUAUAUGUAUUACACAUUACAUUGCCUUAAAAAGCUGAAAAUGGCAAGCCCGAAUCCCAAGUGCUGCAUGGAAACGCGAACCUGUAGAAGCAUCGCUGAAAUUGUGAGCAAGUACAAAAAACUAUGUGAUCAAACGAGCCAAGUACUUGCCAGAUCAACAUGCCGGGACUGUGGACGUUUAAUUGGACGUUGCAACUUUGAUCUAUUGAAGAGCCAGAAACGAUUUAACUUUAUCAGAAGCAAGGAAUUAUGUAUUGGCAUAUUUUUUGGUGGAAUCUUUCUAUUGUCGGGAUUGACCCUGCUGCUGAUACGACGAUACAAUCACACGUUUAUCUAUGGGUCGGGCGGCUGCAAGUCGGGAGUGUUGUGGACCUACAAUGAUUGCGUCGUAAUGGCUUAAACAAACAGCAAGUGUUAUAAAUAUAUUUUUCUGUUAACGUCUUCUCAUUCGAUAUGUUUUUAAAAGACAUAAGCAUUAUUGAACUUUUCAAAAAUAAUUCAACCCAGCCAUAAUAAUGAGGUUUGA